GCCGUAACCAAACAGAGUUGCUUGUGCCUUCAUGGCCUUCUCCAGCGUUGGCAGGCGUGCCUUGGAUGGCCGUGACCAUCGUGGUCUGAGGCAGAAAGGAGCUCAUGCGGCUCGCUCCGUCUCCAAGGAGCAGCGCCAAGAGAUCAAAGAGGCCUUCGACAUCUUUGAUUCAGAGCGUACUGGCAAGAUGGACUACCAUGAGCUUAAGGUGGCCAUCCGAGCUAUGGGCUUUGAGAUCAAGAAGCCGGAAGCCCUGGAGCUGAUGGCAAGGUAUGACCGCGAGGAAACUGGCUACAUCGGCUUUGAAGCCUUUGAGGACAUCAUGAUUCAACGUUAUGCCGCACAAGAUCCAAUGGAGGAAAUUCGCAAAGCCUUCGAAUUAUUUGACGAAGACAAGCGUGGAAAGAUUUCGUUCAGGAAUCUCAAGCGCAUUGCUCGCGAGCUGGGAGAGAAACUAACAGAUGAAGAGCUUCGUGGAAUGAUCGACGAGUUUGAUCACGAUCAAGACGGUGACAUCAAUGAAGAGGAGUUCAUCAACAUCAUGAAGCAAACUUCAUUGUACUGAGGGCAAGGACGCUUUGAUUAGCGUCAAUCUGUACCAUUGCCAAACCACCCGCUUGCAUGGGUUAGCAAAGAUGGUCGCCAGACGUUCCAUAUGGAGUUUUGACAAUGGCUCAUGAGAUGGUGGGCUUAAGUGUACAGAUUCCAGAUGAAUUCACGAGAGCAAGAACUCUGGCAAGGGUCAACCCAGGUGCCAAUAUGUCACCUGCCAAUGGUCUGGCUAUUUGUUGCUUGCCGUGGAUGCUGCAUGUAGGGGAUCAUGUGAAGGAUUUAGAUGCUC